GACUUUUGAACCAGAAAUGAUUACGAUAAUCGUUUUCCCCAACAAAAUUUAAAAUCCUCUUAUCCGUUGAUAAACCGACGUUCGGAGUACUGGCCGCGUUCUCUGUUGUUUGUGUUCCAUUCCAAUAACAUUGGCGUAGGGGUUGCGGCUUUAAGGUGUGCUUCGGUUCAAUAAAUGUAUUCAUGCCCGGAUCCAAACAUUACGUUGAAGUUAACAAAUAUUCGCCCCGAUGUAUGGGUUUGAAUGGCGCACAUGUAUCUAUGUAGCUUGUUAUUGUGCGCGCUAGCGGGUGGAGUCUACGCAGUAAACGGGGAGGAUCUCACAUCUACGGGUAUUUCUGUAACACGACCAGACACAUACAAUGUAGUUGCUCAGAAGGGCAACCCCCUGGUGCUGAACUGUACAGUGGACUCCAACUCUUCCACAGUCUUUACUUGGUAUAAAAAUGGACAAGUGCUGCAGCUGGAAAACCAGCGGCGGAUCCAGGUCAUAAACGGGUCUCUUUCUUUCAAACGGGUUCUGUUCCGCCGCAAGAAGAACGUCACUGAUGAGGGCGUGUACGAGUGUCAUGUUCGUAAUGGCAUAGGCAGCAUUAUCGCAAAACGGGUCAAGGUCAACAUUGCGGGUAUAGCUAAAUCUUAUUCUGAGGAGCCUCAGUCCCAGGAUGUGCCACUAGGGGGCGUGGCAAGGUUCCACUGUGACAUCAAGUCAACCCCUCCCCCCAUUUACAUGUGGCAGAAGGAUGAUCGUAAGCAGAUCAGACCAGGGCCGAGACACAUCAUUUUGCCGUCGGUGGGGACGCUCCAGAUUUUGAACGUGCAGGAAGAUGACGCAGGGGAGUACAGGUGUACAGCCACACAGGGAGAACUCCAUAAACUGCCGGACCAAGUCGAGAAGUUACCAUGGAAGGGCAGCAGUGCAGCUAGUCUCAGGGUCAUACCAGCCUCAGGAAGUCGGGAGGUGGCCAUUGUGGCGUCUCCUCCAAAAAUUACCUCAGUAGAGAAAGGCAAGUCCGUCGUGUUGGAGUGUCUAGCGGAGGGGAGCCCCAAACCCAAGAUCACUUGGAGCAGGAAAGGAGGGGGACCCCUUCGUGAUCGACACACAGAAUUUGUUGGAGACAACCUGAAGUUGUUUGACGUGGACUUGCAGGAUUCGGACGUGUAUAUCUGCUUGGUGGAACGUUCAGGCUCACCGAGCAUCACAGCGGAAGCAGAACUCCAAGUCAUCUCAAAACCAGUUAUUAUUAAUAAACCAAAAAGCUACAAAUAUCCUAAGACAAGGACAUCACGCUUCUCCUGUGAAUUCGGAGGAUUUCCCAAGCCAAAGGUCACAUGGUACUUUAAUGGACGGCAGAUCAAAAGCGAGGGGAAAUACAAUUUUAUAGAGGCCAAGAAUGAGUUGGUGGUGCUGAACCCGGAGCUGUCGGAUUCCGGAUACUAUCAGUGUGUCGGGGAGAACACCUUAGGUUACGACACGGCCGUGGCCAGACUGGACAUUUACGCUGCCGAGGGAGCUCCGGAUCAUCCCAGAAAUGUGUCGGCCUUUGCUGCGGACCAGAGCACCAUUAACGUGUAUUGGAAUCACUCACUUUCUCUGUCGGAACCCAUACUAGCCUACACGGUCGAGAUCGUGGAAUCAAAUGAUCCCAAGAUGCAGAAGAGCAUAGUUGUGAACAGCAAAACUUCAGCGAAGAUCGAGAAUCUGAAAGCGUACACUAAUUAUUCCAUCUACAUUAGAGGAUACAGCAACAGGGGAGCCAGUCCUAAGUCCCAAGUCAUCACAGUCCGAACUCAUCCGGACAAGCCGAGUAGAGCGCCGAUGAUUCGUGUAGCCAGCACCACAGCCAGCAGUAUCAACAUCGAGUGGGACGAACUCGCGGAGAAGUACCGUAAAGGCGUGAUUACCAGUCACCUGAUCGAGUACAUGAGGGUGUCGGACCGCAAAAUGUUCUCCCACGUCGUGUCGGGGACUGCUCGAUCCUAUCUCAUCUCAGGUCUGACGCCAAACACAUUGUACAAGAUCCGGGUCAAGGCAGGAACUGUGAAGGGCUAUCCCGACCUCCCAGGUGACAGCCAGUGGGUGGAAUACAGAACAGCUGGUCAUACAAAUGGAUCAGGGAAUGACACUGUACCAAUUCCCCCGUCAAACUUGUCGAUAAUGAAGAUCUCGGCAUCCACCGUCAAUGUCACGUGGCAGCACUCAUCAGGGGAUGUCCCAGUAACGGGCUUUACUCUGUCAGUGACCCAGCUUACGGGAACCAGCAAAGCUUCCCAAACACAUCAGAUCUCGGAUCCCGCGACGACCUGGUUCAGAGUCGCAGGCCUGGAGAACAUGACAUCCUACCAGUUUUCCCUUGUGGCUAACAACCAGCACGGAUCCUCGACUCCCAUCGAGGAGGAAUACGCCACCUCACAGGAGCCUCUCCCGGAACCUCCAGUGAACCUCAGGGUGGAGAACCGCACCUCCACCGCCAUACUGCUGGUCUGGGCACCACUUCGCGGCGCUCAGGGAAAGACGGUGGAGUACGAAGUGAGAUACCAUCCACUGAUGUUCAUGAGAGACCAGACCCACAAUAAGGAGGUCAUUGUGAAGAUUUCCCAGUCUUCUCUGUGGAUCACCAAUCUUAAGCCAUACACAUCAUACCAGUGUGAUGUCAGAGCAAUUGUGGGCGGAGUUACAGGGAAGUGGAGCUUGCCAGUCAUCAAUCUGACACAGGAGGGAGUUCCUUCCGAGCCUCGUGAACUUCAGGGGCAGGUGAGAAAGGGAGAAAUCUUCAUUACCUGGAAACCGCCGGCUGAGCCAAACGGAAACAUCACCACUUAUCUCGUAAUGUACCAGAUCCUCACCUCUAGUGACGUGAUAAGUCACUGGGAAAUUAAAAGUGUCAAUGGUACUUUAACCUCAGCCACUAUCGAACAACUCCAGAAUGGACUGUACAGGAUAAAGUUAAAGGCGUGUACAAACGCUGGCCCGGGUCCACCCACCGACCCAAUGGAAAUCUCCGAUGUGAAGAUACAAGACUCUCAGAAGGACUCCUCCCCUCAGGAAAACCAGAAGUUAGGGAUAAUCCUGGGAGUCAGUAUAGGCGUCGUCUGUGUCAUCAUCUGUGUCCUCAUCAUCAUGUUCAGGAACAGGUGCUACGCUGCCCCUCAAUCUCACAUCACACAGCCAGCUUACCAUCACACCAAUGGACACGCAGGUGGGCGGGGCAAUGGGCAUGCUAUAGGGGCGGGGCUUAAUGAGUAUCAGCUGGAGACUUGUACACCAAUGUUGAGCUCGUUACCUGGUGAAAAUGAGCACUCAGAUUCCAAGGGGUGUGGCAGUGGGAACAUUAUUGUGACACCUAAUGGGUCAAGAGUCAAUGGAUAUGUGCCAUUCAAGAAUGGCAUGAAAAAUGGCCAUAUCGCCAAUGGUUACAUGUCAACUUUUGUGGGAUACGCCAACUCUGGGAACAUUGAGGAGAGGAGGGGUCUAAUUGCAGCCAUGUUAUCGGGAAGUGAUGUCAGCCAUAUCUCAGAGGAACACAUGCCACUUGGCAAAGCUCCAGAUCGCGAUUCCCUGCUUGAUGAUAUUGACAAGAGUUUAGAGGACACUGAAGAAAGUAACAAGAGUUUAAAUGACCAAGAUGGUUCCAUACAAAAUCUACCUCCAAAUAUGCCGGACGACAUGCAACAGGUCUGUUGCGAAGUCAGCCAGCAGUCUGUGAACAACACAGCCGCAGCUAAAACGGGUCAACAGGGGGGAUCAGACCCUCCCCAUCCCUCACUCAGGGGAUUUCACAGGAAGCCAGCUACCUCACAGGAAACAGAUGAACGGGGGACACUUUCCUCUCAUUCAUCAAAUCCUCACAACCUGCAUCAGGGAAGGCAUCACGGGAAUAUGGCUGACGAGGGCCAAAAUGAUCAGCAGGCAGAGGGCAAAAUAUGGGACCUGCCAGAGGAAGUCUCUCACCUCCACAGUCCCCAAGUUAUAAAUCAUUCAAAACCAACCUCAUCUCAGGAAAAAAUUCGUACCGGUCUUAGGAGUGAUCCCUGGCGGAGCUCCCCGAAUGCAUCUAGGGGGAUGAAGGGCACACCAAGUAACGGGGGGCGUCGCUGGAUUGCUGAUGUGAGCGUCUGAAAUUUUUCUGUUUCUCAUAAGAGGAGAUCCCCCAGAGAGGGGGUAAAUUAUCAGGCAGGAUAUUUGCAGCUAAUGAUAUUGACAUUUCUUGAUGAAAUGAAACAGUGUACUGUGUUUUAAUUGGUUAUGUUCAUACUAUACGGGUGUAAUUCAGGGGCUCCGAAGGGGGAAAAAAGCUGGAGGAAUUUUUUUUCUGUUGCUUUAUCAUGUGAAAUGCAGGUCAGGAACAUAAAAGUUUUAUAUGGGUUCCCCCCUCGGUGGCCUCUGGCUAGCUAGCAUUUUCUUUUUUGUUCUUUUUGUAAGUUUAUAUUGAUGCGUUUGCCUGGACUAAUUUUUUUUUUUUUUUUGAAAAAUGGAUAUGUCUAACAAGUUUACCUCGCUGCUUGGCUAAGUUAUUUGAUGUGCAGGCGACACCGGUUUCAUGGGACAAUCUCGACAUGGGCUUUUUUUUUUCAAAAGUAUCUAAGCUCCCCCCCCCCCCCCCCCCCCCUUUUUCUGUAUGAAGAAAGAUGUUAUUAUGAGAGUACCUACCCACUGUUUUCAAGCACUGUGUUGGUAAUAAGGAAAUAGUUAUGAUGUUGAUAAAAUUGUUUUGUGUUUUUCGUUACAGGGAGAUCUGGUAGCUCUGUGUGAGAAUUUAUACAUGUUUGCACAAGAAAGGAUUAAGAAAGUUCUUGGCGAUUAUUUUGUACAUGCCAAAACUCGUGUUUAAAUCAUUAUUCAGAGAAAUCAGUUGAGUGUUGUCGUAUUAGACAGGUCUUACUGAGGGGAAAAUGGUUAGUUCACUUUUGACAAUAUUCAGAAACUAAACCAGGUAAAUUUUUAAACUGAACGGGUCAUUUUUUUUUAUUGAAGGCAAUUACAUUGAAUUUUUUUUUUAUUGAAGGCGUUGUGAUAUGGGAUGAAUGUGGGGUUAAAUUCCUUGUAGACACCAGGAAAUUCUUUUCUUGUUUGAUUUUAGGUCUAUGCAAGUGUCCUUGAAAAAAAAGACACUGCAUCACUACAAGAUAAAAUUCUAUUUAUCCUGUCUGUGUGGAGAGGCAUCAAUAUUUUAUUUUAGAGGGAUGCCUUUCUCAUCAGAUGUUCUGGUAAAGCUUUUGUUCAUAGAUUUUUAUGUAUUUCCAUAUUUUGAUUGCAUCUUUGAAUAAGUGCUAUUUUAAAGGUUUGAAAGUGCUAUUUUUAAAUUAUUAUAUAAGAAUGUUUUUCUCAUUUCUAAAAUGUAUAACUUUUUAUUGUAUUUAAGACUUUUUAGAUUAAGAUCUGAUGAAUUUUUAAUUAUUUACAUAUUUCUUGACUGAAAUGUAUGUAUUAAUCACGUGUGCAAUUUGGUGCAAAAUGUUAUUUGAAAUGAUAUGAUAGUUUUUGAAAGUGUGGUCUUCGAAUUUGUAUCGAGACUUUCCAUGUGACUUUGUAGAAAUGAAGUCUUUGAGAUGAAAUUUCUGUAAAUUUUAAAGUUUUAAUUUCUUACCUUUGUGAAAAGUGGUGUUAGGCUAGGGGUGAGUGGCACAAAUUCAACAACGGUGCCAGAAUUUGGGAUUUGAACUCGAGACUUGUGGAUUUCUAAACUUCUGGAUGUAAAAACCAGUAUUCCAAUUUGAACUUCUGGAUUUGGAUCUGAUUGGAUUUCAGCUGUUUCAUUCGGAUGCGAACAUCUUGUUUUGCGAUUUGUUACAUUCAGUGGAGAAGCUCUCAGCUUGCCUGUUUUAUUAUUUUUUUUGUGUUAAAUUAAGAAGCAUUUUCCUCCCCCCAAAAUCUUGAUUUUAUUGUUCGGGUACUGUCUUAUGUUUUUGUGUGGUAAGAAUAGUUUUACGACUUGAUUAAGACUUUUGCUAUAUGUAAUGUUUCUGAAUGUAAAUUAUGACAGGUUUAUGAUGACGACACUGGUAGAAAUGAGGAAUUUUACUACAGACUUGAGAAAUCUCUUGUCCUGUAACUGGCCACCGUCAUAUGUUGCACCUAGUAAUGAAUUAAUUGGCUGCGAUAAUUUAUCUCCAAUGAAAUUGUUUUUAUUAGUACAGAUUUGGAAUAUCAUUGUUUUGAUCGUACAAAUUUGGUAUAUAAUUGUUCUGAUCCGUACAAAUCCGGCAUAUAAUUGUUUGGAUGUGUAUAAAUUCAGUACAUAAUUUUGAUCUGUACAAAUUCGGUAUAUAAUUGUUAAGUUCGGUAUAUAAUUAUUUCGAGCUGUAUAAAUUCGGUAUAUAAUUGUUAAGUUCGGUAUAUAAUUAUUUCGAGCCGUAUAAAUUCGGUAUAUAAUUGUUUAGUUUGGUAGAUUAUUUCGAUCCGUAUAAAUUUGGUAUAUAAUUGUUUAGUUCGGUAUAUAAUUAUUUCGAUCAGUACAAAUUCGGUAUAUAAUUGUCAAGUUCGGUAUAUGAUUAUUUUGAUCCAUACAAAUUUGGUAUAUAAUUGUUAAGUUAGGUAUAUGAUUAUUUCAAUCCGUACGAAUUCGGUAUAUAAUUGUUAAGUUAGGUAUAUAAUUAUUUCGAUCCGUACAAAUUCGGUACAUAAUUAAGUUCGAUAUAUGAUUAUUUUGAUUAGUUUAUAAUGGGUUGUGAUUGAGCUGUUUUUCCCUCUUUGCUGAUUCUUUCCCCCCAUGUAUAUAUUCAUUGUGAUGUACCACAUUGUCAUCCCCCCUCCCACUCAUCAUGCUUUAAACCGUAAUUAUUCAAUUUCCCUGUAUAGUGACUAGUUAAAGUGGUAUCCCCCCCCCAUCACAUAUAAAUCCGUUCUGGUUUUAUUCCCUCUUUUUAAUUAUGUGUUCUGACCUCAAAUAUUUGUUGGAACAAAACUUGUUUGUAAAGGAAAGAUCCCUGUGAAUUCAUUGUACAACAUGUGUUACUUGAUAUUGUUUUUUCUGCACUGUCAGCCCAGACCAUGUCGUAACCAACACAACCUCUUCACGCGUUACCGUGGUUACCUCUAAAUACUACCUCAAGAUGCCUUUUGCUCGGUAUACAUUACUCAGGGAGCGUUCAUUAUUUCUUACUACGAGCAAGAGGGAUCUGUGAAAAUUUCAAACUAAAUGAAAACCCAUGCGGGGAGACCCACUACAGACGUAGGAGACUGUUUUAGAAACAAGUUUUUUCUUCUAUUUUGAAUAAGGCCAUGCUUUGUUGUCUUAGUCUUGUACAAAAUUCGAAAUGAUUAGUUUUGAUUUCUCUCAUCUCCUGGUUGUGUGAUGGUACAAGUGCGAUUAUGCAUAAUUUUGUAGAGACAAGCACCUGUUCACUAUACUUAGGAUUCCUGUAUAUGUUACGGCACGGGAGAGAAACAAGAAUCCUAAAAAUAGCAUUCACUAGAAUAAAGUAAUUCUGUAUACAAGAAGUAAUUUUGUUGUAAAUGUUUGGGUUUUUUUGUUCAUUGAAGGUAAAAGAAAAAAACCAGUUCUGAUUUAUGAUGAUUUUAGAACCCUCGUAUGCAUAUAUAUAUAUAUAUAUCUUUGCCUCUUUGUUUUAAAAAAAUACUGUAACACCCUGAAAAAUGAAAAAUGUUUGGGAGUUUCAAAAACUGUUGUUAUAACAAAUGUUUACAAAUUGCUAAGGCUGAAUAUAUUUUCUGUGGGUAGGAAGGCCGGCCGAAUAAUUUUUUACUGCGUCCUGUAACUUUUUCUCAAGCUUAGUGAGAAGGGAGUUGAAUUUCUAGACACUUGGAGAAAUAUCAGUUGAUCAAACGGUAGCUUUGUCAAAAUAAUUAGAACACCUGUUUGAUUGCCUAGUACCAUCACGUAACUAAUGGUAACUUUUAAAUUUUCCAUUUCAGAAUGAAAAAACAACCUAAAAAUUGAUCUUUGAGCUUUGGCUUCAAAAUAACCCAUUUUGUUAUUAUACUUUUGACCAAUUUACUGAACCGUUGUAUACUGUUGACAUGAAAGGAAGAUCAAAAUACUUUUUGUUAGGUUGGCCUAAUUUUUGUUUAUGGAGAUAUAGAAUGUUAGGAAAGGGAAGGAACCCGUGAUUUUGUUUACCUCAGGAUUAAGAUAUCAGGGAGAGGCAACUUGAACACAAGUUAAACCAAGUCUUGAACACAAGUUAAUCAACUCUUAAAUAUAAGUGGAGAUGGUGUAUAUUGGUCUGUUGCAGGAAGUGUACAGGCUACAUUGAUAUUUAAAGAGAAAAUAGGAAAGGGUUUCAUGAACUUUUGAUUGUUUUUGUAUGUUACAAAUUCAUUUUUCAUCAAUAUUUUUUGGCAAAACAAGAUUCUGUUUUCAAACCUGAUUAACCCCGAGGGCAUUGUCUAAGAUGGUUGAUAAACUUGACCUCCCAGGGCUCGUUUUCUGAACAUUGAUUUUGGAAGCUUUCAACCAAAGACUAUUAAGUGUUGUAAAUAGUGUUUGUUAUUGCCGACAAAAACGUCUAACUCCUAUUGUAUCAUUGAUCAGGCCAAAGAAGAAUAAAAAACCAUGUGUUUCCGCUUUUCUGACAGAGCUUGAUUAUUAAUGGAACGGAAACCCAACAUUUUUUAUCCUUUGGCCUUGUGGAGAAACCGAGUGAAGUGGAAAGUUCUCGAGAUCUGUUUCAUGUUUACUAUCAAAACUAUGUUUAUGAGUGGCUUGCCUUGAACAUGAAUUUGUUAGUGGUUUUGAAUCAAAGCUGCGGGGGUCGGGGAUGUUUUUAUUGAAAUCACGGUGACCCUGGCCCCCUGACGGUGGAGAUUUUUCUAAAUCCCGGUGAAAAAAACCUUUUUUGAGAUGAAUAAUUAUUAUUGAUAGAUAUUUUACAAGACAGUGCUCAAGUUGUCGAAGAAAUCGUUACUGAGGUCUGUUUGUUUGUACAUUGUCAUGUUCACGGUUUUUCUUUUUAUUUGUAAUAAGAUGUUAAGCUAGUGUCAAAGAAUUUUUUUUUCAAUUGUAAACCAUUUUUUUUAGGUCAUGAUUUUUAUUGCAGAGUGUUAAAAUCUUUUUUUUUAAAAAAGAUUUGCCUGUCAUUGCAAUUUUUUUUUCUUCUUUGAGCUCGUAUUAUCGGUAAAUAUAUAAACAGAAAAUGCCGCAUUCAGAAUGUUUAAUGGGACAGUUGUCAUUCUAUGUCUCUGGUGAAAAGACAAUUUUAACUGAAAUAGUGUUUCUGUUUUAAUUUAUUGAUUAUUUUGUUCUCAAACAUUGGAUUUUCAAACUGAAUCAAACAAUUUUCUUUUAAAAAGUCUAUUUAGUUGAUGAAUUGCAAUGAUUAUGAUUUUACUGGUGAAUAAGAACGGUAACUCUUGUUGUCAUGGUAAUUGUGAAGCUUUAGUGCAUAUCCAAUGUUAAUGUCAUAAACUCUGUUUUCUGUGUGUUGACCUCUGAACACGUACUGGCCGUGUCACCACGGUGACGUUAUUAAGGAAAUGAAUUUUUCUUUUCUGUUACGUAAACGAGGCUCUGAAAUUUUUGUUGAUCAAUGCUUCAUUGAAAACCCAGGAUCCGGUUUUUAUACGGGUUUUAUCUCGGAUUAAGAACGCAUUGUGUAGUGAACUGCUGGUACGGCGUUUUUUUAUAUAUUUUUUUUCUCGGUUCUGUAAAUGGUCCGAGUGUUAAUGUAUUCAUAGGUUGAUAAACACCAUCAUCAUGUAUUAAAACAAUACUCCA